AUGGUGAGCCCCCGCGCCCCGCUUCCCCUUUCCCUCGUCGCCAUAGGUCGAGUCCCACCUCCCCUGUCCGGAGCUGCGCCGUCGCGCCUGAGCUCGCGGUUGCCACGGCUCUGGCUGUGCUCGCCGCGCGUCCUCGCGCCUGCCCACUCCGCGUCGCUCCUAGUCUCACGCCGCCGGCAGCCCCGCGCACCGCCCCCGCUGCUGGCCCAAGGCCGUCGCCCCCCUCUGACUCCUGCACACACUCGCCUCCGCCGCCCCGCAUCGCGCAGUCGCCGCGGCAGCCACCCGCCUCCGCCAGCCUCUGCCGCGCGCGCACUCGCGAUCCCCCUGCUCGCCCCGGUGGACGCCCGCCUUCCUGCAGCCACCCACGGCUCCGGCCCGCGUGCUGCUCGUUGGCCGAGCCCGCGCCCAAUACCACGCCGCCGCGCCUACGCUCCCGCUCCAUCCCACGACCCCGCCAGCUCCGGCCCGCCUCCUCUGUCGCGCCACCGCGCCCUCCCACGCUCGCCGUUGCCCGCUGCAGCGGCCGCGGCCACGCUUUUGCUGGCGCCGGACCGUGCGCCCGCCCCUCGCCGCAGCUCCGGCUAG